UUCGAUGUAAAGGAGAUGCAAACAUUACUAUAUGUGCUGAAAUUGUGUCUAGAAAACUUAACAGCCAUGCACCAGGCAGUCUGUGACAAAGCCAGCCUUGAAAUUGUAGACAAAAUGAAGUCCGAUUGUCCGGCAUUUAAUGGAAAUCGAUCAAAUUUAGAAAACUACAUUUUGAUACAUUUAGCAGUGAAGGAACAAUUCGUGGAAUUUAAGGAAUACAUUCAGAAACCAAAACAAUAUUUUGAAAAAUACAUUACAGAAGGUGUUGAGGAAUAUUGCUCAGCAAAAGAAAAUAUUAAAAUUCGAGAAAUAUUUGAGUCCUGUCUUGAGUUUUACACGGGAAAAGUUUACACUGCAAUUACGAAUUCAAUCACAGCCGUCCAGUCAAACAAAGGCGAUGGAUCAUCGUGGCUGGAUGAAUUUUGUAAACAGCUUGGUGACAACAUCCAUUUCCCAAGGCACAGUUUGAUUAGAGCUGACUACAAAGACAUACAUGACAUUCCCUGCUUUAGAUAUGAACUAGCCACAAAAUUGGAAACCAUGGUGGCAGAGUUGAAAAAAGAAUAUUCUACAGCAUCCAUAAGGGAUAUAGAAGACGUAAGGAACAAACCUCAAGACAUGCUACGUGAACAGAUGAGUGGGUGCUGGGUGCAGUGCCCAUUCUGUAAAGCCAUCUGCACAAACACAAUACCCGGUCAUGACGAAAACCACCGCAUUCCGAUUCAUCGGCCAGAGGCAGUGACAGGGGGGAAAUGGUGUAAAACAGAUACUUUUUCCAUUGAUAUUUGUACAAGUUUAGUUGCAAGUGACUGGUGGUUAAUGCUUUCAGAAGACAAUGAAAUACCAUAUAAGGAUUAUCGUACAGCAGGGCCAAAAUAUGCAACUUGGAACAUCACGCCGGACUUAACCGUUCAACCAUAUUGGAAAUGGUUUGUCUGCAGAUUUAAGUCAGACCUAGAGAGGCUUUACAAACUACAAUUUACAGGCCGUGGCACCAUUCCAGAGGGCUGGACAAAAAUUACAAAGGAUGAGGCGAUUGCAGACUUAUGGAAGAAAUAGUUUCAACACAAUUAUCAAGUUACUAAAUGGGAACAAUUGCUCAAUGCGACGUCAGUUUGUCAUUCGCCUUCUUCGUGCUAUAAAUGCAUUUUAUUUACAGUAGCCCAUUAGAUCUUGAUCAUUAAACAAACGUAUCCUUUAUUUUAUAUUUCACUAUCAUUUGGGAAUGGUGUAGCUUUGUGUGUUCUCUGAUUGAUAUCGUAAUUAACAUUGGCGCAAGACUCAAUUACAACGUUAUCAUUGGUUGACAUCAUUUGGCCAAUGCUAUGUCAUAGAUAUUUUCAGUUAGUGGGUCGGGAUGACGUUGAUGAAUACUGAGUUUAGUCAACAGCGGAAUGGGACUUAAAAUCUCGGGCUGCUUCGUGCUUGUAAAGAAAACCACUUCUCCCAACUUGGAAGAAAGUGCUUGGUAAUUUCACUGAGUAGCUCGGACUUCUGGUGUUUCAUAGUCAUUUGGAAUUGGCAUAAACGGCAUCCUUUGCUUGAGGAAAUAACGUAAAUUACUUAGUUGGUUGAAUAUGUUAUGUGACCGGAUUGCCCACUGCUGAUCACAAUACAGCCACGUAUGUCAUACAUCGUUUUCUUUGGUUCUUUCGGUAAAGUCACGU